AUGAAGGACCUGCUAAAAAAACUGAAGGGGUGUGUCCAAAACCUGGAAUUGCAGCUGAAAUCCACGAAGCAAAACUAUGAAAUCGAAAUUGAAGACCUGCGGCAGAAGCACAAAAUCGAGUUUGAGAAAACGGCCAGGGCCAGGGAGGAGAAGUUCCAGAGCGAGCUGAGGUAUUUUCUGAAGGAGAGAGAAUAUCAGGGAAGAGCCAGGCUGGAGGAAGCCGUGGCUCAGUGCGAGCUGAAGGCCAGAGCAGAGCUGCAGAAAGCUGAUGCUCAGCACAAAGUCCACAUGUUGCAGAUGAUUGCCAGCUGGGAGGAAAAGAGCAAGACAGACCUGAGACGGGCCGUAGAGAACUGUGAGAAGAGGGUUAGGGAGGAGAUGAGU